UUCAAAGUAAUAUAAAGCACAUCAAGCAUGGAGUACUACACAUUUUCUCAAGGGUUUACCGAAAACGACCAAGAACGUGCGCCGGCAAAGCAUCACGUGAAGAAGACGUGGGUGAAAGAACGUUAUGAGAGUGAUGAAGAAGAUGGUUCGAGAGAGGAAGAGGUGAACCAAAUGAUCAUAAAAGAAGAAGAGGAUGAAGAAACUAAAGGUAUGGUGAUGUCAUCUAGUACGAUGCUAACAAGUAAGGUGAAGUAUCUUAACUAUGGAGCUCUCAAACAUGAUACGCCACCGGCAGCGUCUAGUGGUGGAGGAAGAGUCAUGCCUCCUCCGUCGAACAGGUACCACCGUGGUCAUCCCAAGUACUACAGAUGCAGGGGUUGAAGUCAAAAAUCUCUGGAGAUUAUUCUAUUUGCGAAUUAUUAUAUGAAUAAUAAAUGACUUUGGUAAGUAUAUAUAACUUCCAAGAGUUUGAACAAAAAAAAAACUUCCAUGCAUGCAACAUGUUUCACCAUGUGCUUGUAAUUAGUUGUAAUUUCUGUUGCGAAAUAUUGAUAUCUAAGAGAAAAAAAUAAUAUGAAUAUCAUCGAGUACUUAUUUUAGUAA